GCAGCCAUUUUAGAAUUCGCCGCAAUCCUCGCGUUGCGGUAGGUAUUGUGUCGACGUCGAAUUUUUUAUUGAAUUUGCCACAAAUAUCACAAUUCAGGAGAUUUAGUUCUCCAUAUCAUCAUGUAUGAUACUGAAGAUGAUCAAUAUGAAGAAGAAGAUGUUGAAGAAAUUUCCUCUGAGCUCUGGCAAGAAGCCUGUUGGAUCGUUAUCAACGCGUACUUCGAUGAAAAGGGUUUGGUUCGUCAACAACUUGAUAGUUUUGACGAAUUUAUUCAAAUGUCUGUGCAGCGCAUAGUAGAAGAUUCUCCACCAAUUGAACUACAAGCAGAAGCUCAACAUUCGUCUGGUGAAAUAGAGACCCCUCCUAAAUAUCUUCUAAAGUUUGAUCAAAUCUAUUUAUCCAAACCUACUCACUGGGAAAAAGAUGGUGCUCCUUCGCCUAUGAUGCCUAAUGAAGCACGUCUUCGGAAUCUGACUUAUUCAGCUCCUCUUUACGUUGAUAUAACCAAAACCAUUGUAAAAGAGAAUGAAGAUCCAAUUGAAACGCAACAUCAAAAAACCUUUAUCGGGAAAAUCCCAAUUAUGCUGCGUUCGACUUAUUGCCUACUUAGCAAUCUAACUGACAGAGAUUUGACUGAAUUGAAUGAAUGUCCAUUAGAUCCUGGUGGUUACUUUAUCAUCAACGGUUCUGAAAAAGUCCUUAUUGCACAGGAAAAGAUGGCCACAAAUACUGUUUAUGUCUUCAGCAUGAAAGAUGGAAAGUUUGCUUACAAAACAGAAAUUAGGUCAUGUCUUGAACACAGCUCAAGACCUACCUCAACUUUAUGGGUGAACAUGAUGGCCAGAGGAGGGCAAAGUAUAAAGAAAUCUGCUAUUGGUCAAAGAAUCAUUGCUAUUGUUCCAUACAUCAAACAAGAAAUACCCAUCAUGAUUGUAUUCAGAGCCCUUGGGUUUGUAGCAGACAGAGAUAUAUUGGAACAUAUUAUCUAUGACUUUGAUGAUCCUGAAAUGAUGGAGAUGGUGAAACCUUCAUUAGAUGAGGCUUUUGUUAUUCAAGAACAAAACGUUGCACUCAACUUCAUUGGUGCUCGUGGGGCCCGACCAGGUGUCACUAAAGAAAAGCGUAUCAAGUAUGCUAGAGAAAUUUUACAAAAAGAAAUGUUACCACAUGUAGGAGUCUCUGAUUUUUGUGAGACUAAAAAGACUUACUUCUUGGGAUACAUGGUUCACAGACUACUUCUGGCUGCAUUGGGACGCCGAGAACUGGAUGAUCGAGAUCAUUAUGGAAAUAAACGUUUGGAUUUGGCUGGGCCUUUAUUGGCAUUUUUGUUCCGAGGCUUGUUCAAGAACUUGUUGAAAGAAGUAAGAAUGUAUGCUCAAAAAUUCAUUGAUAGAGGAAAAGAUUUCAAUUUAGAGCUGGCAAUAAAAACUAAAAUUAUCACUGAUGGUUUGAGAUAUUCUCUAGCUACAGGAAAUUGGGGUGAUCAAAAGAAAGCUCAUCAAGCUAGAGCUGGAGUGUCACAGGUGUUGAACAGGUUGACAUUUGCCUCAACAUUAUCUCAUCUAAGACGUGUCAACUCACCAAUUGGUCGAGAUGGUAAGCUAGCUAAGCCUCGACAGUUGCACAAUACACUUUGGGGAAUGAUUUGUCCAGCUGAAACACCAGAAGGUGCUGCUGUAGGUCUGGUGAAGAAUCUGGCAUUGAUGGCUUACAUAUCUGUUGGAAGUCAGCCAUCACCUAUAUUGGAGUUCUUGGAAGAGUGGUCUAUGGAAAAUUUAGAAGAAAUAGCACCAUCUGCCAUAGCUGAUGCAACAAAGAUAUUUGUCAAUGGUUGCUGGGUUGGUAUCCAUAGAGAUCCUGAACAACUUAUGGCCACUCUAAGAAAACUAAGACGUCAGAUGGAUAUUAUUGUCUCAGAAGUGAGCAUGAUUCGUGAUAUUCGAGACAGGGAAAUUAGAAUUUAUACAGAUGCGGGUAGAAUAUGUCGUCCAUUGCUGAUUGUUGAGAAUGGAGCUCUACUUUUAAAGAAAAAACACAUUGACAAUCUUAAAGAAAGAGAUUACAAUAAUUAUGGCUGGCAAAAUUUAGUUGCAAGUGGUGUUGUUGAAUACAUUGAUACUUUGGAAGAGGAGACAGUCAUGAUUGCCAUGAGCCCUGAUGAUUUGGCCCAAGUUAAAGAAUAUGCUUAUUGUACAACCUACACUCACUGUGAGAUCCAUCCUGCAAUGAUAUUAGGUGUAUGUGCAUCUAUUAUUCCAUUCCCUGAUCACAACCAAAGUCCCAGGAACACUUAUCAAAGUGCUAUGGGUAAACAGGCCAUGGGGGUUUAUAUUACAAACUUCCAUGUUAGAAUGGACACACUUGCUCAUGUGUUGUUUUAUCCACACAAGCCAUUGGUUACUACACGGUCCAUGGAAUAUCUGCGAUUCAGAGAACUUCCAGCUGGCAUUAAUUCCAUUGUUGCUAUUUUAUGUUACACUGGAUACAAUCAAGAGGACAGUGUUAUCUUAAAUGCUUCAGCUGUUGAACGAGGGUUCUUUAGAUCUGUAUUUUACCGUUCUUAUAAAGAUUCUGAAUCUAAAAGGAUUGGAGAUCAAGAAGAGCAAUUUGAAAAGCCUACAAGGCAAACUUGUCAGGGAAUGAGAAAUGCAUUGUAUGACAAAUUAGAUGAUGAUGGUAUAAUCGCUCCCGGAAUUCGUGUCUCUGGAGAUGAUGUUGUGAUUGGCAAAACCAUCACUUUACCUGAAAAUGAUGAUGAACUUGAAGGCACAACUAAACGUUACACUAAACGAGAUGCUUCUACAUUUUUACGAAACAGUGAGACUGGUAUUGUGGACCAAGUCAUGUUAACCCUCAACAGUGAAGGAUACAAGUUCUGCAAAAUUCGUGUCAGAUCUGUACGAAUUCCUCAAAUUGGUGACAAAUUCGCCUCUCGCCACGGUCAAAAAGGUACUUGCGGUAUUCAAUAUCGGCAAGAAGAUAUGCCUUUCACUUGUGAAGGUCUGACACCAGAUAUCAUCAUCAACCCCCACGCCAUCCCCUCCCGUAUGACAAUUGGUCACUUGAUUGAAUGCAUCCAAGGCAAGGUAUCGUCAAACAAGGGUGAGAUUGGUGACGCUACACCAUUCAACGACGCGGUGAAUGUGCAAAAAAUUUCAUCUUUACUUCAAGAAUAUGGUUAUCAUUUGCGUGGUAAUGAAGUAAUGUAUAACGGACAUACAGGCAGAAAAAUAAACGCUCAAGUGUUCUUGGGUCCUACAUACUACCAACGUUUAAAGCACAUGGUGGAUGACAAAAUUCACUCCAGAGCUAGAGGGCCUGUCCAGAUUUUAGUGAGACAACCUAUGGAAGGUAGGGCGAGAGAUGGUGGACUGCGUUUUGGGGAAAUGGAGCGUGAUUGUCAAAUUGCGCACGGAGCCGCCCAGUUCCUUAGAGAACGUCUCUUUGAAGUCUCUGAUCCAUAUCGAAUCCAUGUUUGCAACUUCUGCGGCUUGAUAGCUAUAGCUAAUCUGAGGAAUAAUACUUUUGAAUGCAAGGGUUGUAAGAACAAAACUCAGAUUUCUCAAAUAAGGCUCCCAUAUGCCGCGAAAUUACUAUUCCAAGAAUUGAUGUCCAUGAAUAUUGCCCCAAGAUUGAUGGUGGUAAACUAAUAUUGUAUUUCUCAUACUUAGUAGAUAUAAGACUAAUUAAACACUGGGCGCUUCCAAAAUUUUCAAAUAAUCUCCCGAUUAGAUAGUAAAACAUGUUUUGUAAUUGUUUAAAAAUUUGUGAUUUCAUGACUUCGAUUCCGGUCUGAUUCUUUAAAUGCCUUUGUUUCUUUAUUCUGAGGAAAACAUGACAAAAGUAUAGAUCGAGCUGCGAGAGUUAAGGCGACCAACACAAGCAAAGUUUUCUAUUCGUAUACAUACGAUGAUAGCCGCGCUGACAUCUCGCGUAGUCUGAUAAAUUUGUCUCACUUGCCUUGCACACAUCUACCAAAAUCGAGGUAGCUAGUGUAUUCGAUAUUUUGAACUUUAAUGCAAUGUUGUGUUCUGUAUUAAAAUAUUACAUCAAUCAGUGUUCGCCUCAACUUUCGCUGCGCGACUUAUACAUCCAUACUUAAUAUUACAUUAUUAAAUCGAAUUCCAUAAUGUAUAACCAGCCCAUUUAGGUAUUAGU